GAGCCUCCAGCGCCGCGCUGGGCUCGGGCGGUGAGAGCUGCGCAGCGCAGGGUGCUGGCUGGCUUCGCUGAGACGCCGAGCGGACGCGGCCGGCGCCGGCUUGUGGGCUCGCCGCCUGCAGCCAUGACCCUCGCAGCCUUUCCCUCGGUCUCGGCCCGGGGCGUCUGAUAUCCCACACAGUCGCGCGCAGCUGCCGGAGAGCCGACCGCUGCCCCCUCUUCGCCGUAUCGCACUCCCUUCCCGGGAGCUGGGAGCAGCGCGGGCAGCCGGCGCCCCCGUGCAAACUGGGGGUGUCUGUCGGAGCAGCCCCCGCCGCCGCCACUGCUGCCCCAGACGCUGGCCAUGGCCUGGCGGGGCGCAGGGCCGAGCGUCUCGGGGGCCCCCGGGGGCGUCGGGCUCAGUCUGGGGUGGCUGCUGCAGUUGCUGCUGCUGGUGGGGCCGGCGCGGGGCUUCGGAGACGAGGAGGAACGGCGCUGCGACCCCAUCCGCAUCUCCAUGUGCCAGAACCUCGGCUACAACGUGACCAAGAUGCCCAACCUGGUGGGGCACGAGCUGCAGACGGACGCCGAGCUGCAGCUGACAACUUUCACACCGCUCAUCCAGUACGGCUGCUCCAGCCAGCUGCAGUUCUUCCUUUGUUCUGUUUAUGUGCCAAUGUGCACAGAGAAGAUCAACAUCCCCAUUGGCCCAUGUGGUGGCAUGUGUCUUUCAGUCAAGAGGCGCUGUGAACCCGUCCUGAAGGAAUUUGGAUUUGCCUGGCCAGAGAGUUUGAACUGCAGCAAAUUCCCACCACAGAAUGACCACAACCAUAUGUGCAUGGAAGGGCCAGGUGAUGAAGAGGUGCCCUUACCUCACAAAACCCCCAUCCAGCCUGGGGAAGAGUGUCACUCUGUGGGAACCAAUUCCGAUCAGUACAUCUGGGUGAAAAGAAGCCUGAACUGUGUUCUCAAGUGUGGCUAUGAUGCUGGCUUAUACAGCCGCCCAGCCAAGGAGUUCACCGAUAUCUGGAUGGCUGUGUGGGCCAGCCUGUGCUUCAUCUCCACUGCCUUCACAGUACUGACCUUCCUGAUUGAUUCUUCUAGGUUUUCCUACCCUGAGCGCCCCAUCAUAUUUCUCAGUAUGUGCUAUAAUAUUUAUAGCAUUGCUUAUAUUGUCAGGCUGACUGUAGGCCGGGAAAGGAUAUCCUGUGAUUUUGAAGAGGCAGCAGAACCCGUUCUCAUCCAAGAAGGACUUAAGAACACAGGAUGUGCAAUAAUUUUCUUGCUGAUGUACUUUUUUGGAAUGGCCAGCUCCAUUUGGUGGGUUAUUCUGACACUCACUUGGUUUCUGGCAGCAGGACUCAAAUGGGGUCACGAAGCCAUUGAAAUGCACAGCUCUUAUUUCCACAUUGCGGCCUGGGCCAUCCCCGCAGUGAAAACCAUUGUUAUCUUGAUUAUGAGACUGGUGGAUGCAGAUGAACUAACUGGCCUGUGCUAUGUUGGAAACCAAAAUCUCGAUGCCCUCACUGGGUUCGUGGUGGCUCCCCUCUUUACUUAUUUGGUGAUUGGAACUUUGUUCAUUGCUGCAGGUUUGGUGGCUUUGUUCAAAAUUCGGUCAAAUCUCCAAAAGGAUGGGACAAAGACAGACAAAUUAGAAAGACUGAUGGUCAAGAUUGGGGUCUUCUCAGUCCUGUACACAGUUCCUGCAACGUGUGUGAUUGCCUGUUAUUUUUAUGAAAUCUCCAAUUGGGCACUCUUUCGGUAUUCUGCAGAUGAUUCCAACAUGGCUGUUGAAAUGUUAAAAAUUUUUAUGUCUUUGCUGGUGGGCAUCACUUCAGGCAUGUGGAUUUGGUCUGCGAAAACUCUUCACACGUGGCAGAAGUGUUCCAACAGAUUGGUGAAUUCUGGAAAGGUAAAGAGAGAGAAGAGAGGAAAUGGUUGGGUGAAGCCUGGGAAAGGCAAUGAGACUGUGGUAUAAGGCUAGCCAGCCUCCAAGCUUCCUUCAUUUUGAAGGAGGGGGGAUUGCCAGCAUUUUGGUGGAAAUUCUACUAAAAGUUGUAUGCAGUGAAUCUCAUACAAACUAGCAACAAUUAAGUGACUCCCAUCAACCCACUGCCUCCCAUCCUGACCCCAGCAUCAAAAAAAAAAAAAAACACAAUGAUUUUGCUGCAGACUUUGGAAUGAUCCAAAAUGGAAAAGCCAGUUAGAGGCUUUCAAAGCUGUGAAAAAUCAAAACGUUGAUCACUUUAGCAGGUCGCAGCUUGGAGUGUGGAGGUCCUGCCUAGAUUCCAGGAAGUUCAGGGCGAUACUGUUUUCCCCUGCAGGGUGGGAUUUGAGCUGUGAGUUGGUAACUUGCAGGGAGAAAGAUUAACUUUUUUAACCCUUUACAAUUUUAAAUACUAACUGGGUCUUUCAGAUAGCAAAGCAAUCUAUAAACACUGGAAACACUGGGUUCAGAGAAGUGUUACAAGAGUUUUAUAGUUUGGCUGAUCUAACAUAAACAUCUUCUGUGGUGCACUGUCUGCUGUUUAGAACUUUGUGGAUCGCACUCCCAAGAGGUGGUGUUAGAAUCCUUCAGUGCCUUUGUCAUAAAACAGAAUUGUUUAACAAACAAAAGUACUGUACUCACAUAAGGUAUCCAGUAGAUUUUUCUUCUCUCUUUCCUCUCUUAAAUUUCAACAUCUCUGUUUUGGGCUGCUGCUGUUUUCUUCAUUUUACAUUAAUGACUCAAAAAAAGGUAUUUUUAUAGGAAUUUUUGCACUGCAGCAUGCUUAAACAGGGGAAAAGGAAGGGUGAUUCACUUUCUGACAAUCACUUAAUUCAGAGGAAAAUGAAAUUUACUAAGUUGACUUACCUGACCGACCCCAGAGACCUAUUGCAUUGAGCAGUGGGGACUUAAUAUAUUUUACUUGUGUGAUUGCAUCUAUGCAGACGCCAGUCUGGAAGAGCUGAAAUGUUAAGUUUCUUGGCAACUUUGCAUUCACACAGAUUAGCUGUGUAAUUUGUGUGUGUCAAUUACAAUUAAAAGCACAUUCUUGGACCAUGACAUAGUAUACUCAACUGACUUUAAAACUAUGGUCAGCUUCAACUUGCAUUCUCAGAGUGAUAGUGCCUUUUUUUUUUUUUUUUUUUUUUUUAGCAUAAGAAUGUUAUCAGAGUCUGGUCUACUUACGACAAUGGAGACUUUUUCAGUUUUAUAAAGGGAACUGAGGACGGCUAAUCCAACUACUUGGUGCAUAAUUGUUUCCUAGUAAUUGGCAAAGUCUCCUUGUAAGAUUUCAUUGGAGGCAGUGUGGCCUGGAGUAUUUAUAUGGUGCUUAAUGAAUCUCCAGAAUGCCAGCCAGAAGCUUGAUUGGUUAGUAGGGAAUAAAGUGUAGACCAUAUGAAAUGAAAUGCAAACUCUAAUAGCACAGGUCUUAAUUGCCUUUUACGGAGGUAUCCAAAGCUUUUAAAAUUUAUCCUAUACAUUCUUCACAAGGGGGUACCCCCUAGCAGCCUCUCAAAAAUUGCACUUCUCUUAAAACUGUAACUGGCCUUUCUCUUACCUUGCCUUAGGCCUUCUAAUCAUGAGAUCUUAGGGACAAAUUGUUGACUGUGUCACAGGUUUCUCUCCUUGUAACUCAUACCUAUCUGCUUCAGCAACUGCUUUGCAAUGACUCAUUUAUUUAUUAAUUGAUGGCCUUUAAAUAGGAAGAGAAGCUCUUUUUUUUUUUUUUCAAUCACACUUUGUGGAAAAACAUUUCCAGGGACUCAAAAUUCAAAAUAGGUGGUCAAAUUCUGGAAAUAAGCAUUCUUCUUUUGUUAAAUUUGGUUUGAGCCUUAUGCCCAUAGUUUGACAUUUCCCUUCUUCUUUCCUUACUGUUUUUGUUUGGUUUUUGAGCUAUAUAACAUCAAGAUGCAUGUAAGGUCCAUUGUGUAUUUUGGAAGGCAAGGAUCUCGGCUUUUGAGACAGAAGCUAAGUGGGCACAGGUGGCCCCUGCUGCUGUGUGCCCAGUGUGAGUACCUUGGCUAGGUUCUGGGUCAGGCUCCAGGAGCAUGAGAUUGAUCCCCAGAAGAACCAUUUUAACUGCAUCUGAUCCUACAUUGCCUAUGAAAUGUAAAAUGUGAAUUCCCUGUGCUGCUUGUAGACAGUUCCCAUAACUGUCCAGGGCCCUGGAGCACGCACCCAGGGCCAGAGCCUGCCCUUACUCACGCUCUGCUCUGGUGUCUUGGGAGUUGUACAGGGACUCUAGCCCAGGCAGGGGAAAGAAGACCAGGCAGUAGGGGACUGGUCUUGCCGUGAGAGAAUAGGGGUUUGUAAUGCGGUUUUCUUCAUAACACUUCAGUGAUCGUGUGACCAAGGCAGCAUCUGGCAGAAAGCCAGGCAUGGAGUAGGUGAUCAAUUCUUGUCAAUGACUAACAAUAAAAGAGCACUUGGGUGAA